AUGGCCGACGGUAAACAAGCCAUCAAGGCCCUGGACCAGCUUGAUUCGGCUGCGACCCAUGAAUUUGUGCUGCCGAAGAAGCAGAUCAACGAUGGCGAAGAUGUCGGCUUCUUUCUGACCUCUACUGGCUAUGCCGACAUCAUGACGUGGCUGCUGCAGCUGAAUGCCGCCAUGUUUCCCAAGAAGACCCCGUCCUCAUAUGAAGCGUGGCAGCUGAACAGUGAGGCUGUCCAGUUGUCAGAGCCCGUGGCGAGAUUGAAGGCUUUGAUGGGACAGCUGGAAGCCAUCAUCGAUGAGGCGCCUCCGGACCCCGGUCCACGGAGAUUUGGCAACAUCAGUUUCAGGAAGUGGUAUGAGAUUGUUGAAUCUCGUUUACCCAAAUUGCUGGACGAGGCCCUUUCCGCCGAUAUCCUGAGCAGCGGAAAACCAACGUCUGCGAAGGACGAGCUUCAGGCCUACCUCGUCGGUAGCUUUGGUAGUGCUCAAAGACUGGACUACGGCACGGGCCACGAACUGAGCUUCCUUGCGUUCCUCGGUGGUAUUUGGAAGCUAGGAGGCUUCGCAAAGAGCGACCCUGGUGUUGAGGAGCGAGGAAUUGUAAUUGGUGUCAUUGAGCCAUACCUGCACCUUGUUCGCCGACUCAUUUUGACCUACACGCUCGAACCAGCCGGCUCGCAUGGAGUCUGGGGCCUUGACGAUCAUUCGUUCAUCCCGUAUAUUUUUGGCUCCGCGCAACUAUCGCCUCCUAUUCAAUCCGCCGCCGACAUCCCCGGCGAGGGCUCGUUGCCUGAUGCCCCCGAGCCGGGAGACGUUGCAAAGAAGAACGUGGUCGAACGAGAGCGCAGCGUCAACAUGUACUUCAGCGCGAUCGGCUUCAUCUAUGACGUGAAGAAGGGGCCGUUCUGGGAGCACAGCCCCAUUCUGUUCGACAUUUCUGGAGUACGAGCGGGCUGGGCGAAGAUCAACAAGGGCAUGCUCAAGAUGUACAACGCGGAAGUGCUUUCCAAAUUCCCCGUGGUACAGCAUUUCCCAUUCGGCUCGCUGUUUCGCUGGGAGAAAGACCCAACGGCGGCAGAGCCCCCAAAGUCUAUUCAUACCACAAGCCAGCCUGCCAGGGCGCCUGCGGGCCAGGCAUCCGACGGUCCCCAGCGCUUCCCCGCGCAGGCGGGCACCGCUGCUCCGUGGGCAUCAAACCCGGCGACGGGGCUGCCCAUGACGGCUGCGCCGUGGGCUGCACGCCCGUCAGGGGGAACGGGCCGGCCGGGGAUGACGCAAAUGGGGGCGAUGCCGGGAGUCACGACAGCGCCAUGGAAGCAGAGCGCGCCACCGCAACCCGGCGAUCGAGGACAAAUGCCGCAGACGCAAGCACCAUGGGCGCGGAAAGACCCAUCAUGA